AUGGCCCAAACUCACAAUAUCCUCGUUCUACCAGGCGACGGUAUAGGCCCCGAAGUCAUGACCGAAGCAGUCAAAGUGCUCAAAGCAUUCGAAGGCCCUUCGCACAAAUUUGAGCUCCGACAAGAGUUGAUCGGUGGCUGCAGCAUUGAUGCAACCGGGAAAUCGGUCACCGAUGAAGUCAAGCAAGCAGCUCUUGCCUCGGACGCUGUUCUCUUUGCAGCCGUUGGCGGUCCCAAGUGGGAUAAUGCUCGACGAGGUCUAGAUGGCCCCGAGGGUGGAUUGCUACAGCUUCGCAAAGCGAUGGAUAUUUAUGCAAACCUGCGACCGUGCUCGUCUAGUUCCCCUAGUGCGUCGAUUGCAAAGGAGUUUAGCCCUUUUCGGCAUGAGGUUCUGUUCGGGCCUGAGAAGGAUGGUGCAGCUGAAGGGGUGGACUUUGUAGUUGUUAGGGAGAACUGCGGUGGUGCUUACUUUGGAAGGAAAGUAGAGGAUCCAACUUAUGCGAUGGAUGAAUGGGGCUACUCUGAAGCCGAGAUCCAACGAGUCACCCGUCUAGCUGCAGAAGUUGCUCUGCGUCACAACCCACCUUGGCCAGUUAUUUCCCUCGAUAAGGCCAAUGUCCUGGCCUCCUCUCGCCUCUGGCGUCGUGUAGUCGAAACGACCAUGACCACCGAGUAUCCACAACUCAAGCUGGUUCACCAACUCGCUGACUCUGCCUCUUUGAUCCUGGCCACUAACCCAAGAUCCCUGAAUGGUGUUAUUCUUGCUGAUAAUACUUUUGGUGAUAUGAUCUCCGACCAGGCGGGCUCGAUUGUUGGGACUUUGGGUGUCCUGCCUAGUGCCAGUCUUAAUGGUUUGCCUGGUGAUAAGACACUUAAGACAAGGCCGUACGGGUUGUAUGAGCCAACUCAUGGCUCGGCUCCGACUAUUGCUGGAAAGAACAUUGCUAACCCCGUCGCAAUGAUCUUAUGUGUUGCACUGAUGUUCCGGUACUCCCUGAAUAUGGAGAAUGAAGCUAGGCGUCUGGAAGAUGCAGUGCGAAAGGUCCUUGAUAAGGGCUUGCGGACACCGGAUCUAGGGGGCACGAUGGGUACUAAGGAGCUAGGAGAUGCUAUUGUAGCCGAGCUAUAG